AGUGAACGUUGAGAAUAAUUCGGCGCAAUUUUUGAAAUUGUUUUUGAAAUAUGAUAUUCAAAGCUUAAAGAUGGCGACAAGAAAAAUAACAUUAUAUGAUUCUGAAAGAGAAAUUGUAGUAGAAGCUAUCGUUUCUGAAGCUGAAGCUGCUCGUGCAGAAAGAGAUGUAUUUUUUGCAACUGAGCUGUUAAGAAAAAUUAUUAAUCAAAAUUCUGAAGCUUCCGCAUCUGUUGAAGUUGAUCAAGAAUCUAGUGAAUUAUACGAUGAAGAGACUUCAGAGAGUUUUAUUGGAGAAGAACGACUUGAUAGUGAUAAUCUAACCGAUCUCAACUCUGAAACUCCAGAAUUUGAAGGAGAAACUUCAGUAUACAGGUGGAACUCACUCUGCGUAUUAUUAUUAUUGGAAUUAUAUAGGUCUAUGGAAGAAACUCUGAACAGUGGAAAAAUUUCUCAAAAACAAGUAUGGAAUAAAAUAUCCCAAGAUAUGAAAAAAAAAGGAUACGAUGUGACAGGACCGCAAUGUCAUUCUAAAAUAUUCAAUUAUUCUUCACUUUUAACAUAAAUAAAUUUAAGUCACAAAUAUUAAAACUUAUUGUUUAGGAUUACCUAACCUCCUUAAACUUCUACUAUUUUCAAACUUGCCAUUUGUAAUAUUUACAUGAACGCCCGAAACGCUCCAUAAUCCAUUCCACUUGAGUUAACGACAGUAACAUUCACAAUCAAGUGGAAUGGGGAAAUCAGCGGUCGUGAGCGUGAGCGUUGUGAACGCUUAGUGGAACGCACCCU